AGGUCACGGUGUUCUGCUGAAGUUGCUUCCGUGGUUAGUAUUGGUUGGCGGCGAUAUCCUGCAGUCCGUCCCAGUUACUACGUACUGAAAUUGGCGGAAGAUCGCCUUUCACUGAGGUUGACCGACUUUCACACAGUGCUAGCGCGGUAGGAAGUUUAGUCGGGCACGCUUGGCUAACAUAAAGGUUUCUAUAUUUCCUUGCAAUGUUCCGCGUUAACUGCUUUAAAACUAAAACUGGAGACAACAAGACGGCUAUGUGGGUCUGGUUGAUUUUUCUGUCAGCGACUGUGGACGUUGAAGGGUUCAAUUUGGACGUGGAGAGUCGUCUGCUGUACCGGGGACCUACUGGCAGCGGCUUCGGCGCCUCGCUCGACUUCCACCGAGAAACUAACGGCGGAGGGGCGGGCUUAGUGGUUGGAGCACCCUUCGCCCUGGACGCGGCGGCCGGAAGCGUGUCUACAGGCGCCGUGUUCAGAUGUCCCGGUCAGGACGGACUUGGUGCCAAUUCAACAUGUCACAGGCUUCCGCUCGAGCUCGCAGACGCCAAGCCUGACCAGAUGAUGGGCGCCACCGUGCGGACGUCGCCCAGUGAGGACCUAAUUGUCGCAUGCGCACCGCGGUACUGGUACAAGGGACUGCGGGGGUUCAGCGAGAGUUGGAAUCUCGUCGGAAACUGUCUUCUCGCGAGAAGAAACAUGACGCGGAUCCAGGAAUUUUCACCCUGCAAAAACAGAGAAUUUAAAAGAGCUGCAUGGUUCGAGGAAGGAUUCUGUCAAGCGGGGACAAGCGCUGCGAUCACACAGAAUGGAGAUAUCGUGUUUGGAGCCCCCGGCAGCUACCUGUGGGAAGGGCAGAUCUUCUCCAUCGACCGGCUAACUCUGGACUUAGGACAAACCGACCAGAGGCAAAACUACUUCGACGAUUACUCUGGAAUGUCUGUAGCUGCUGGGGACUUGUCAGGCAGCGGUGAAGAAGAUUACGCCAUCGGCGGGCCAAGGGCGAAAAGAAUAAUGGGAUUGGUAUCUAUUGUGAACAAGAAUAUGGAAUUUAUCACUGAGCUGAUAGGAGAACAGCUUGCUUCUGGUUUCGGGUCGUCCCUCUGUGUCACGGAUGUUAACGGUGACGGGCGUCAGGACUUGCUGAUCAGUGCGCCGUACUACAGCGUGCUGAGCGGCCCCACCAUGCAGGGGGACGUGGGGCGGGUGUACGUGUUCCUCUGCAGGCCCGAGCUGAGAUAUUGCGGUCUGGUAGCAGCAAAGGGCUCGAUUCGGGACACCACGCCCAUAACGGGCCGAUCCGCUGGAGGGCGCUUCGGCACGGCCAUGGUUGCCUUGGGCGAUAUGGACAGCGAUGGGUUCAACGAUGUGGCGGUUGGUGCGCCGUAUGCAGGCAAGACAGGAGAAGGAGUGGUGUAUAUCUUUAGGGGAUCGCCAGAGGGCCUGAGAGAGGAACCAUCACUGACAAUAGAAGCGAGCUCUGUUGGGCCCGGUCUGAAGUCGUUUGGGUACUCACUAUCGGGCGGUGUGGAUGUGGACGGCAACCUUUACCCAGAUUUGGCAGUUGGUGCAUUUGAAUCUGAUGCUGCAACAGUUUUCAGGUCCGUUCCCGUGAUUGACAUCGUCACGGCCGUGCUGUCUGUCCGCCCCAGAGUUGUGGACACGGAGACCAGACGGUGCUCUACAGCUGACGGGGGGAGGGCCGCCUGUUUCAGCGUGAUGCUGUGUGUGGAGUACGGCGGCCAUGGCGUGCCCGACACGCAGGACUUCCUGGUGGAGGUGGUGUUAGACGGCCCGUUAUUGCCUCUCCAGCGAGCCGUGCUGAAACAAGACAAGUCACAACUCGCCAUGAGUCUGCUGAAGAGACAGACGAGCUGCAUGAUGCUGGAAGUUCAUCUCAAGGAUGAAAUACGUGAUAAACUGACGCCCAUCGCGGUUCAACGACAACCAUAUACGUCGGGGACACGACUUCUGUAGUCCUCGAAGUCACCGUGUCGAACCGAGGCGAGGAGUCGUACGAGUCUCAGCUGUUCGUACUUGUGCCGGAGGAAGUGGACUAUGUGGGGGCGCAGCGGAUGGAAUCAAACACCCCCGCCAUGUGCAGCUAUACACCGGCAGGGUCAGGCGGAACCAUUCACUGCGGGGUGGGGAAUCCGCUCAAGGCAGACGCCACGGUUGUUCUACAACUGCGUUUCCUGGCCGCCAACCUUAACGGAAGUCGCAGCUUUCUGGAUUUUCCUAUCUUCGCUAACAGUUCAACACCAGACGACGUCAGCACAACAGGGGACAAUCAGGUCGUCUUUUCCGCACAAGUCGUGGUCGAGGCAGAGGUCACGGUCAAGGGAGCGUCCCUUCCCAGACAUAUGUGGCUUGACAGCACCUUCGCACGGGAAGAUGAAAAUGGCAAAGACAGACCAAAGGACAAAACAGACAGCGAUGCAGACACAGAAGCAGUGAUGUCUCAAAUAAAACACGUCUACGAGGUGAGGAACCACGGUCCCAGCGAUGUGGGACAAACCAUCGCCACGGUCCUGUGGCCAGCCACAACCGAGGGCAGCAGUGUAACUGUGACGGUUCCCGUCGUCACUCUGAAAAACCAGCAGGGCUAUUGUCUUGUUGACAAUGCAACAACUCUGAUGUGCGAAAAUGCUGAGGACUGUUACAUCAUAAGCUGCAUAGUCAACGGACUGGGGAGUGGAGGCAGCUUUGUUAUAGAGAUCACGUCGGAAAUAGAAGACGUACAGUUUUCUUCACUUGGCAACACGACUGAGGACCUGCUGGUGUCCACAGCCCGGGUGGUGGUUAUGGACAUGCCGUACAGUAUCAGCCCCACCGCGCUCCCAACGGCACAAACUAACGUUACCACAUCUAUCAUAUUGCCGAGACCAGUUACCAGAAGGAAGAGAGUGAAAGCCUGGAUAAUCGCAAGUGCAGUGCUGAGCGGUUUGAUGCUGCUGGUAGCCAUUGCUUUGGUCCUCUACCGGCUUGGUUUCUUCGAUCGAAAGAAAGUGUCCAAAGAAGACGACGUAUUUGACGCUCACGACAGAGACGUAGACAGUGGUAUUCAGGAGGACGAAGAUGGAUCAACACUCAAGGGACCUUAGCGAAAACGGCACAAAUUCGGUAGUAAAAACAGCUUAGGUUUUGUAUAUGCAAUCGCUAUAUGUUUCCUGAAAUUUUUCGAAAUAAGUGAUCUUGAAAUACUAAAUGGUUAGAGC